AUGCAUCUGACACAUAGUGGAAAGAACGGAUGCAAAUUAAGAAAAAGUUUGAACCGAAAACCGCCAGAGUUUUCGGAUGUGAAGGUACGAUGUCUCGCAUUACACGAUGUACACUCACAAUCUCAACAUUUUGUACGUCAAAGAAGGAAAUAGCUAACUAAUAGACGUGGUGUUAAUGAAGAAGGUGAUGAUGGAUCUGACACUGAUAGUGGUGGCAUCCCACAAACACAAGAAGAAGAAGAAGUUGUGUAUCGCGUAAUUGAUGAUGAUACACAUCCUUUGAAUGAACACACCAAUGAAACGGUACAGCAUCCUGGCCGCAGAAGUCUUCAACGAGGAAGACAAAAUUCACAGUCAAGCAUUAGGCGUGGAAGUGGCUCCCAAAGAUCUGGAGAACACUCACGGCUUCCUAUAAGAAGUGGAAGUGGUUCAAGUGGAGGUAGAAGAAGACAAUUUUUUGAAACAACUAUACAAGACACUAUAGCUGGAUAUACAGAGUUUCAACGUCAAAGUUUACAACAACUUCAUCCAUGUGCUUUUGACCAAGAAAACUAUGAUGAAUGGAAAAAUGCAGAAGAAAUAUUUCUUGCUCUAAACAUUUCCAAAAGAAGAUUUUACUGGACAUGUCUUAAUACUCUUAAAGAGUUAAUAUUUUGGCGUAACUAUUCUCUUGAUAUAGCUGGAAGCAUCGAUGAAGAUAAGUUACAAUUACUGGAAGCUAUGGCUGGUGUUUCACGUAACAACGAAGAUGUGCCAAAACAGUUAGGUGCAUAACAAUCAUUUGGAAGUUCAUAUGGUCAACAGUGGGGUACACCACCAACUGCUCAAUAAUGGGGUACCCCACCAUUUUUUCAGCAAUAGGGCACACUACCAAACGCUCAACAAUGGGGCACACAUCAAAAUGUUUCACGAUGGGGAACACCACCUAAUGCUCAACAAUGGGGUUCAUCCCAACCAACCCAACAAUUCGGACCACCACAAAAUGUUCAGCAAUGGGCACACCACCAAAUUCUCAACAAUGGGGGACACCACCAAAUUCUCAACAAUGGAGCAUACGGGCAAAUUUUUCAUAGUGGGGUACAUCACCAAAUGCUUCACAGUGGGAAACACCACUAAAUGCUUCACAGUGGGGGCUUUCACCAAAUACUUCAGGGUGGGGGAUUUCAUCAAACUUUCAACAAGGCGGACUAUCGAGGACGAAUCCAACAAAUGUUGAAUAUGGAUUUUCAGUUGGUGGUGAAGAAGAAAGUGUGAGGAAUACUCAACAAGAAAAUAAUACAGAAGUGGAAACUUCACCAAAUGAUAAUUCUGGUCAUAUUUCUCAUACACCUAGACCAGGAGGUUUAUUCAACAUAUGGAGAACAUCUAUAAAUAUAAAUGAAAGUCACCAAAAUUACUCAGAAGACAAAGAUUAAUUCUUUGAUAGUGUUUUUUGUAUUGUAGCUUAUGUUGUAAAAUAUUGAUAUAUUUUUAGUCUUCUAAUCAUUUUUAUUCGGUUAAUAUAGUUUAUAUUUACUCAUGGCUUAUUUUAUUUCAUGUUUAAAAUCUCAGGCUUUUCGUAUAUGCCAGUUACAAGCACAAGACAUACACAACCUAAGUUACGAAGAGAGAAUUGAACUGUGAAAUUUGGAAAAUGAGCAGUUUGCAGAGUUACUUAUCCAUCCAACAUUGACUUACUAUCAUUGCUAUUUUGAAAGGGGACCAGUGCAAACUGAUAAAGGUUUAGGAUGGAGAAAUAUUUGGCGACGAGUACAAGAAGAUGAUGCUGCUUGUCUUCGGUUAUUACGAAUGUCACUGUUGUGCUUCUUCUCAUUGUGUAAUGUACUAUAAACAAAUUAUGGUCUUAAACCAACACUUAAUGUAAGUAUUGAAGAAAGUGUGGCUAUGUUUCUACAUAUAUGUGGGCAUAAUGAAGUUCAGAGAGAUGUUGGUUUGAGAUUUGGCCGAAACCAAGAGAUGAUUCAUAGAAAAUUUAUGGAAGUUCGUACGGUGACAAAACUAUUGGCAUGUGAUUAUAUUAGAACUGCAACAAGACAAGAGCUAAUGCGAGUUCUUGAAAGACUGCACUCUGAUCGAAGAUAUUAUACUUUUCCAGUGGAUUCGUGGGAGCAAUGGAUGAGACUCUUGUAUGCGUAAUAGUGGAGCCUGAGUUACAAGGAAUGUAUUAGAAUAUACAUGAUAAUUCAUCUUUCAACAUCAUGGCAAUCUGUGAUUUAAAUAUGUUAUUCACAUAUAUAUGGAAUGGAACACUAGGAUCUUGUCACGAUACUGUUGUUCUAGCAAUGGCACAACAAAAUGAUUCUUAAUUUCCUUUGCCUCCACAAGAUAAAUAUUAUCUCGUUGAUUCAGGCUAUCCAAACAAGCAAGGAUUUUUAGCCCCAUACAGAUCAUCACGAAAUGGAGUUGUGAGAUAUCAUAUGUCUCAAUUCAACUCUGGUCCUGCUCUUAUAAAUAAAAAAAGAACUAUUCAAACGGUAUCAUGCGUCUUUGUGUUCUGUUAUUGAGAAAACUUUUGGAGUUUGUAAGAAAAAUGGAGAAUUCUAUCUGAUCCAAGAUACAAAAUAUACGUACAAAAAAGAGUGGUAAUGGCUACAAUGGAAUUACAUAACUUUAUCAAAACAUUAAACUACCCGGAUGAAGAUUUUGCAAAUACAACACUAGAUACGAGACUGAACAACAGAUGUUCAGAAUGUGACUUUGUUGAUAGAGAAGAACUUGAUGCGGCACAAGGAGAACAAAUGGCACAAAUAAGAGAUAAUAUAGCACAUAUCUUGUGGAAAAAUCAAAAUAGUCGAUGAUAUUUUUAUUGUAUUUUACUUUAUUUUUUUAUUUUAUAUAUGUAACUUAAAUAUUUAAUUCAUAUAAAUUUGAUAUUUAAAUUUCUAAAUUAUACUAAAAAAUUACAGCAAUAGCAACGCUAAAUAGAACUUUUUAAUUAUAUUCAGUGUAUUCAAUAUAUAUUUUAUCAUUUUAUUAUUUUUCAAAUACUUUUUAAUUGUUCAAUUCCACAAACUAUAUAUUUUCACCAAUCAACAUAAUUCUGCACCGUUUAUUCUACUAAAACUGCACUUGUCCUGCAAAUCGCACGAACCGCAGUUGGACCGCACCGCACUACAAUUCGGCACCGCUUUUUUUUUUACCAAAACUGUGGUUACCAUUCAGACCCAUAAUAUUUCAUGAGUGUUUCCAAUCUACGUUUUUGUACAAUAGGAAAAACAAUUAAAUAAUUUGACAUUUUCGGUGGUGAUUUAGUAGAAACGCUUUUACAUUUUAUCAAAAUUUGCUCAUCCUAUUGUACCACGUCUAAGUUUGCUUUUUAUCUUCUUUUUUUCUCUUUUUUACUGGAUCUUUCUUCCUCCUUUCUUUUUAAUUGGAUCUUACCCUAAGUCUCUUUGCACUGGACGAAUCUACAUCAAUUUAGAUCCACUAUGUCCACUCUUAAAGCUUUUUAGCCACUCUUGAAACAAUGAAUAUCCACAAAAUUGACUCAACAACAGUAAAUGUCUAUAAAAAUUGUGUUUACCUAUCAAUUGCACAUUGAAAGGUUGGACUCUAAAAAAUCAAUUUGAAGCUUCUCUCACAUAAACAAACGCAUGCUGAAAGUAAAAAUGAAACAGUUAAAACAAUACACAAUUUUGUGUCAAACGAAGGGUUGCAGAGAUAACAUGUAGAUGAAUCCAUGGAUUCUCCUUAAUGCCUCGUCGAGACUCCAUUAUCUUAACCCUUGAAAAUUGCGCUGAGAAAACCAGUUAAUGAAGCGUUUACACUCUUGCUUUUCCAACAGGAGUAGCUACUACAUCCUAACUCAAAUCUGUUUUGAAUUUGGUGCCCAAAGAUGGGAAAGAGCUCAGAGACGAUUAUGACCGAGGAAUUUUCAUGUCUUUACUUGGAGAAUAGAAUUAGGGUAUUGAGAUUAAAUAAGGAGUGUAUACUUUUCCUAAUCUACAUUCAAUCAAUUGAGAGUGUCUCUGUCGUUUGUCUAAAAAAUUCUAGAAAUAUAUAAAAAUAGCGACAAAACUUUUGUGGAGGAUGAGGGAAGAUCGUGGUUUAUGUCUUAAGGUUAGUGGAAAGGAAAAUGUUGUUGUAGUUUUUUUUUGGGAAAUUUGCCAAAUAUGAUCCCGAACUUGAUUUUAAACACAAAAGUAUAUCCCAACUUGAAUUAAAUGAAAAUAAUCCAAGGCUAGUAAAAUUAUAAGUAGCCUCUUAUGACCAAACAAAAAAACAUAAUAUACUUUUACGAAUAUAAUCUAUGUCUUUCAUAUUGUAGAUCUUAAAAGUAAUUUAUAAAUUAUAUUAAAAAUAGUUUGAUGGGAAAAAUUGAAAUCAUGUAACUAUAAACAUUUGUAAAUGAUAUAAAUUAAAAUAUAGUAAGAUUGAAACGUUUUCAACACAGAUGAGUGAAUGUAGUGAGUCAUAGUAUUCUUUGGUUUAGGGUUCGGUAACAUAUGUUGUUGUAUUGUUUGUAUUUUUAGGGUUAGAUUUUGGAAGCAUAUUUUUUGAAAAAUUAAAAUUUAUCCUAUAUGUGUUUAGUUUCAUGUAUAUUAAGCACUUUCAAAGUUUAUUUUAAGUUUAGUGAAUUUUUUAUUUUCUAUUUUGUUAGUUAUUUAAGUUUAGGGUAUAAAUUUAGAGUCUAGAAGACUUCCUGGAAGUAUUCUUGGCGAGUAACAUUUUUAGAGACAUGAGAAUUUCAGGAAGUAUUCUAAUAGAAGACUUCUCUGAAAGUUUUCUGAAUCGAAAAUAUUUAUCCUAAAUAAAUUUUUUGUCUCCAUAUAUAGAGAAAAUGUAUACAUUCUAUCUCUUCCUCUCAAAUGGCUGCAACGAAAAUAUAAUGAUUCUAACUAAAACUCUCAAACCUCUCUCUAAUCUCUUUGAACUUGGAUACAUCAAACUUUAAAUGAAUUUUUCUUUUUUUUGUCUCAUCUCACUAAUUUAUUUUGUUUUUGCAUUUUUUUUAUCACAUGGUUCUCAUCUUACACUCAUUUAAAGGUAAAUCUAUAAAUUUUGGAUAUCUAUUUUUUUGUUCUAUAAAAGUAGAUAUAUAUAAUCUUCCAAAGCCAUUUGAAUGUUUUUGGAUAUGCAGGUUUUUCACAUCUGGGCCAGACUCUGGAAGACUUCUGUAGGUUUUCUUGGAAGUAUUCUAAAAAAAUCUGACUUCUUGGAAGUAUACAAAAUUGUUAUGAAAGAGGAAACAUGGAAGAAGAGUCCAUCAUAUGACUUCCAAGAAGCUCUUACCUUUUUUCCAAAUUAACACUUUUCAACCGCUUUCUAAUCUCUUUGAACUUAUAAACACUAAAAUUUAUAUCAAUUUUUCAUUUUUUUUGUCUCAUAUCUUUCUCAAUAGUUUAUCUUGUUUUUGCAGAUUGUUUUAUCACAUGAUUCUCAUUUUUCACUCAUUUAAAGGUAAAUCUACAAAUUUUGGAUAUCUAUUUUUGUGUGUUUUAUAAAAAUAAAACUAUCUAAUCUUCCAUUAAUUUUCUCUAUUUCGAAGUCAUUAAAACAUUUUUGGAUAUGCAUGUUCUUUAGAUCUGUGUUUGGAUAUGCAUGUUUUUCAGAUUUGAAUCUGACUCUGAAGACUUCUGGGAAGUUUUCUCGAAAUUCUUCUAAAAUAUAAUGCACCAGAAGACUUCAUGGAAGACUUCCUGGAAGUCUUCCGACGGGUCUUCUCUCAUGUAUCCUCUUUUAUAACAUAUUUGAGCGUUUUGGUAAGUUUUCAUGUCUGAUAUUUCCUCAAUAGGUAACUUUUUGUUGCAUAAAGCUAUUUCCUUUUUUUUUUCAAACUAAAACUCUCUAACCUCUCUCAAAUCUCUAUGAACUUGGAAAAACAAAACUUUAUAUCAAUUUUUUAUUUUGGUCUCAUGUCUAUCUAACCUCUCUAUGACCUCUUUGAACGUUUUUCGAUAUGCAGGUUUUUCAGAAUUGAAUCAGAUUUUGGAAGCCUUCUCGGAAGCCUUCUAAAAUAUAAUGCUUCUAACAGAGUCUUCUAAAACAUAAUUCCCUAGGAAUCUUCUCCCAUGUCUAGUGGAGUCCAAAUUUAUCUUUGUGGAGGAAUAAUCUCUAACUCCAUGUGUAAUAGUUAUAUUUAUGGCAUAUUUUGUGAUUUAUGUGUGUACUCUUUUAGUUGUGAAUUCUUUUGUAAAUUUGAAAAGAUGUUAAUGAAUUUUUUUAGUAAAUAUUUUCAUGUUUACAAUAUUAUCUUGCCAAAAAUACUUGAAUUUAUUGAAGUUAUUGAUACAACUUCAACAGCAAAACAAAAUAACACAAAAAUUUUAUCAAAUAUACUAAAACUAAAGGAGAAGACUUCUAAGAAAACUUAGUCAAAUUCACAAGAAAAUCAAACAUUAAACAUGUAGCACUUUCACUAGAAGUCUUUUGGAAAAUCUUCUAGGAAGUCUUUGGAAGUCUUCUGGGAAGUUUUCCAUGAAGUCUUCUGGGAAGUUUUCCAUGAAGUCUUCUCGGAAAACCUAAAUUUUAAGCGGGAAAAUAAAAUAUAAGCGGGAAACUAAAAUUUACGCGGAAAACUUAAAUUUGAAGUAAAAAUUAAAAUUUUAAAUCUCAUCAAUAUACAUGAAUUAACAAGAAAAUGUUAAAAGGCCUUUAAAGUGUUAGAGAAAAUAAAAGUUUAUUAAACAUUGACGUAGAAGACUUCCACAUAAGUCGUCCGCCAAAAUAGGUCUUCCAUUUAGGUCAUUUUUGCAAUUGAAAAUUUACAAAGGAAGACUUCCAUAGAAGUCUACUCUACAUCAGACUUUUUUGGAAGUCUUCGUUUGUAAAUAUCGGCUUACUUUUAUUUUUGAAAAAGAUCUCAAAAAUAACAUAGAAGACUUACUGGUAAUCUUCUAAGAUAAACAUGUUAGUUUUGACCGAAUUAUGUCAGAAAUUUAACUUUUUCUAGAACACUUACAUGGACGUCUUCCACCAGAAAAAUAAAACUUAAAUAUUACAUUUAAUUGACGACUUCCAUGUAAAUUGUCUCAGGUUACUUUUGCAACUGAAAAAUAAAAAUUAAAUAUUUAAUUUUAAUUAGACGACUUCCAUGUAAGUCUUCCGGCCGAAGAAUUACACGGAAGUCUUCUGUGAUAACCAAGGUUUGACCAGAAUUUAGGAGUAAAAUUCUGGAAGACUUUCGUGUAAGUCGUCUUCUGGAAGACUUAAAUGUUAGUCGUCUAAUUAAAAUUAAAUAUUUAAUUUUUAUUUUUCAAUUGCAAAAGUAAUCUAAGACGUCUUUCAUCGGCAGUGAGAAGACUUCCACCAAGAGUUCGGAAGACUUACAUGAAAGUCUUCUGAUGGAAGACUUUCGUGUAAGUCAUUUAGAGAAAGUCAAACUUCUGACACAAUUCGAUCAAUUGCAAAAUUAACUUGUUUAUCCUAGACGACUUACAAAGAAGUCUUCUCUGGUAUUUUGAGUUUUUUUGCUAACAAAGAAAAGUUGCAAGACUUCGAGAGAAGUCAUCUCUAAAAACACACAUAAAGUCAAUUGCAAAACUAACAUCUGCAUUGACCAGAAGACUUUCGUAUAAGUCUUCUACGACCAGAAGACUUACACGAAAGUCUUCUGACGAACAAAUAUGGAAAAAAUCAAUUUCAUACUUUCAACCAGUGAGAUAACUUGAUUUGCUUCUCCUAAUACACAGAACUUCACCACGAAUCAGACCCACUUGUUAAUGACCAAGAAUCAUGAGUUGGAACUUUACAAAGUUUAGAAUCAAAAUCUUGUUUUUUUUAAUGAAUUUAGAGAGAAAGUGAAAGAAAUGUAGUUUGUGUGCAUAAGAAAUGAGAUAUGAAGAGUUAAAAUAUAAAUUUUGGUGCAUUAAGAGCUUCAGAUGGUUGUUCAUAGUGUGUUGGUGUAUUGAUGGCAAUGAUAAUAUUGUAAAUACUUGAUGAAGAUAAGGAUGAUAAAGUAAAACACUCAUUAAAAAAAUGUAAUAGUAUAUUCGUAAAUAAUCCAUACUUCAGGGGUGAAUAGGGCAAAUAAAAAUUGCAAAAAAAUCAUGGGUUAGUUUUAUGUUUGACUUUUUGUUUUGAGUCAUAUUUGAAAAAAAAACUUUUUCUAAACCAUUUUUGGUUUUAAUUGUUUUUUCUCAAUUUUUUAAAUAAGAAUUAUGUGUUAAAUUUUGAUUGGUGAGUUGAUUUGUGCUUUAGUAUACAAAAAUUUAUGACUAUUAGGCUGAAACUUUUAAUCGGGUUUCACCCCAUUCCAAUUAUGCUAAAACGAGGGAUUGACACAUACAUCAAAUUGAAUUGAAUUGAAUUGAUUUUCAACUAAACUUAACUAAAUUUAAGCUGAACCGAAGAAAAAAAAUAGUUCAAUUUCAGUUACAACAUUUCAAAGCCUCACUACCAAAUUAUCAUGGGGCGAAAACAAAUC